AUGAUAGAGAGUAACUUGCUCUCGCAGGUUAACACCGCUUCCCCCCUUCCCACCUUUAUGGAAGUGGAGCUUGUGAACUCCAUCAAUACCACCGUGGGAAAAGCCUUCCAGUUCGCUCAUGUCUUUCUCGCUGAAAAGUGCGACUAUUUGGCAGCGCUUUUACCCUAUAACUCGGAAAUUUGGUUGGUUCUUCAUGCAUUACUUGAACACCGCCUACUUUUCCACGCCGAUACGUCCUUUGCCGAGAUGAUGUUCAGCCUCUGUCGUGGGACAAUCAUUUCGCCAUCACGACCGCUACCCAGUCAAGGGAGGCUGUCAUGGCUGCUGCGUGGCCCGCCACCCGUCCCCCCUUUAGAAGCCCGAAUGAUGGACACACCCGCAGCGACAGACUCUCGUGCAGUAGGCGAAGCCAUGGUAGGUAUGAAGGCAGGGGAAAUUGCAGCAGCGGAUAGGGCCCCAUACGGGCACCUGAAAUUCCGACCCCUUACCAACCGACAGAAGUACAUUACACUCUUUCUCCUCACGGUGAAGCCGUACCUACAGCAGCGCCUUGCUUCAUGGUAUGAGGCAAACAAAGACGCACAAGUGGCGGGAGAAUCACAGUCUGGUAGCGCUUUGAGUCGGCAAACCCUCGGGGCACGCUUGAAACAACUCGCUCUGCAGCUCUACCCAGCGCUCCACGCCGGUUGGGAAGGCCUCAAUUUAGCCUUCAAGAUCCUCUUCCUUCUAGAACUGACGCCUUAUACAGCACCGCUCCACCGGAUUUUUAGUAUUGUGCUUCGUCGCCCCACAGGUGAUGACCUCAUCGCUGCUUCAAAUCCGCGUGCUCAGGCUGCCCUAAUGCUUGGCCGUGUAUUGAUUGUCGUGCUUCUCCUUGGUUUCCGUCUAAUGGAAUUCAGUGGCAACACGGGUGGGGCUAGUCCUUCUCAUGCCAACAGCGAUGACCUGGCCAUCCCACGCCCGCCUGAGUGGGGCGUCGAUGUGGUAGUCCCACCGGGCACACCGGACCCUCAGCCGGGUGUCUGUCCCGUUUGUGAGCGACCAGUUACCAAUGCCGCGGUGUGUACCGUGAGUGGGGUGGUGGGAUGCUAUCCCUGUCUCACACAAUUCGCACGGGAGAAGAAUGCCUGCCCGGUUACACGGGCACCCAUGUCGUUGGAGUGCGUUCGACGCAUUUAUGAGUGCUGA